AUGGCGUCCAAGGAUCAUGAUAGCAUCAAGAAGGUGCCAAGUGUGGAUGGCAUGACGGUGAACUUUGAAACCUGUGAGCUAGGCAGCAAACAGGUUCAGGUUGAUCGCAGCCGCCUUGUGCGAAAGAUCGAUCUCCGUCUUAUGCCCGCCAUGAUAUGUUCCUAUAUGUUGCAGUACCUCGACAAAACAACGCUAGGAUACGCCGCCGUCACUGGUAUCAGGCAGGACACUGUAAGUGAGAACGCAAACUUUGAAUCGCACGUCUGUAGCCCAGAAAAAGAGAACAACUUGAUGGUCUAA